CAAUAAAACUGCGCAUGCGCUGAUAUGCGAGACGACCACCCGAUUUCAGGAAUAUUCCCCCCGAUAAAGUGUUCAUUGUUCAGCAGAGCGUCGAAGCGAGAGUAUUCACGCUGUCAGCUGGGCACUUCACGGUUUUUAAGCUAAUAUGAAAGUUUUCGUGGUUCUUUCCACCUUGAUGGUGGCUGCUUCAGCAACUUAUUGUUACAGAAAUGUCAAUGAGAUAUGUAGCAAAAGUCAUCACUCAAGUGAUGUUCCAUUGAAGAAUUGUAAUGCCACAUAUGGACACUUUGAUAAAAUUCAUAGUGAGCUCGAACAAUAUGCCAAUGCUCAGAUUGAGGCAAGUUUCAAAUACUUGCUGAUGUCUAGUUACUUUGGGAAUUUCAUGAGUAAUCGUGAUGGAUUCAAAGGUUUCUAUAGAAAGUUGUCUGAUCAAGCAUGGGAUGACGCAAAAGAUCUCAUCAACUUUAUCACUCAGCGUGGUGGAAACAUGAACUUUAAUGAUGAAGCUAAGUUCUGGAGCGACGAUGACGAAAAGGUUUUGCAGAUUAAAGACAAUCUGUCAGAAUUUGACAGUAUGAGUAAUGUUUUGGAUAACUACAAAAAGUUGGCAGACGAAGCUUUGAAAAUACAUGCAGAAACAGCAAAGCAUACUGAGGCAGAUGGAUCCGUUGCUCAUUAUUUGGAAGAGAGAUUCUUCAAUCGGCAAGCGAAAACUGUGCACACCUUGGCUGGUUAUGUUAAUGAUCUCAAGCGGUUCUUUUCGGCUCCUGAUGCAUCUCUUGCAGUAUUCCUUUUCGAUGAAUAUUUGCAGACAACCAUGUAAAUUUUUCCAAAAUUGUAAUGUCAUCAAUUUAUUUUAUUAUAAUAUUUAGAUGGCGAUGAUGACAAUACAGAUUAGUUUUUUACUUUUUGUUCUCUGUAAUAUAGACUAAACAGUUUACUUCAUUACAUUGAUUUCAGUGGAUUGUAGUUGACCCAGUAACUAGGGCAACUAGCUGUGUCAAACUACAUUUACACCACAUAUUUGUAAAAGGUACUGAUGAAAUGAAAUAAAAUAAAAUUUUGUAGCUUAA